AGACCCCUCCUACUCAUCUCCUUUCUUCCCUCUCUCCUCCUAUCCUCCACCCCUUCACUUUUCCUGCCAUAAACCUUCGAACUCCACAUCGUUGUCACAGACCCUGCUUUCCUCUAAAGGAAAAUCAGAGUACCAGGAUCAAACCUCAGUACUGUGUCUAUCCGCAGUUUCAGCAUCCUCGUCAACCUGCAACCGGAUCUCCUGUCACUGUGACAACCAGCAUCCUUCCUCCCUGCACGGCUCUCCACUCCACCUUGUGGUAGUACUGCUGUUCUUCCUUCCUCUCUGCUCAGCACCCCUCCCCUUUCUGUGCACUAAGCUCAUCCGCCGAUAGUGUCUCUGCAUGGAGAAGGUGCAGCACAUCACACGGGCAGCCAUACGCCGGGUGUCCACCAUGGAGGUUCCCCAGCAGGCCAAGCAGAACAUGCAGGAGCUCUUCAUCAACUUCUGCCUCAUCCUCAUGUGCCUGCUGCUCAUCUACAUCAUUGUGUUGCUAAUGUGAGCGGGAGGGGCAACAGUUUACCCUUUAGCCAAUAUGGGUGAAGGAAUGUACAGAGGGGCCAAUUGUG